AUGAAGGCGAUCUUCGUCACCGUUUGUACCCUGGUUCCCGCCUUUGCAAGCCCCAUGGCUUCUGCUGGACAUGAAUUGGCUCAACGAAACACUGCGAGUGCCCUGGAUGCCCUUUCAUCGACUAUCAAAACACAUACUGCCAAUAUCAAUCGAACCCUCGCUAGCCUUCCAGCAAAUGCGACAACACCGUCCAGCAAUUCCACGAAUAGCAACAUCACCGAGGAAUACAAUCUGAUCGCCAUUGCAUUAAAUACAACAUCUUCGACCCUUGCUGGCAGUUCUAAGCGGAGCGUGCCGCUGCUUGCCGGCGCCGAUGAGUGUGAUGCGACAUGCCAGCAAGAUAUAUAUAACGAGCUCGGCAGCCUAUCUGCUGAGAUUGCGUACACUAUGGAGGGCUGCAUCGAGAGAAAUGCAGUUGACAUAUCCACAUCCUCGAGCGUCCUCAUCACUGUCGUACUAGCUCUCGCCAAUCUCACCAAUGACCUUGGAAACGUGGUCGGUGGAAUUGCUGGCGUCGUUGUCCAGACACUGCAGGCGGCCAUGGGCACCGAGAUCGGUGGCAUUCUGGCUUCUCUUGUCUCAGUACCUAUAGUUGUUGAUUGA